CACGUACUUUACAGUCGGGUGCUUUUGGUUUCUCAUGGUUCAAUUUUAUAUGAAGAAGUCUGGGCAUAGUUAUUCCCACGGGCGCGGUGCAGGUGGCCAUUUGGUUGGUAAUCGUCAACUUGUGCCACCCUUUGCGUAUUGUUAACGCAUUCAUUAAAAGUUUUAAAGGGAACCAGUACAUUACACCUGUACACACAAAUUGUGUACAUUGUUGAUAAACGGGGGAGUGUUCGUUACAAAGUUGAUAAACCUGCUGGAAAUAGUGUGGAUGUCGUCCUUAUUUUAGAGCCAAGAAAUGUCCAGCCUUGUACAUGUUGGGUGACUGAUGUAAUGCAAGUUGACAUCACAAUCUUCUGAUCACUUUGACCUCGAAUAUUGUGAAAUAUUCAUAAUGUCUACAGAAACUACCUCAAAAAUCCCCACUCAUCAACCGUCUAAACGAAGCCGUGCCCCACCACCCCCAACAAAGAAACCAUCCUUUGAGGAAAACAAAAAUGGAUCCCUAUCUGAACAGGAGAAAGAUGUGUUAAAGAAGAAUGGGAGCCUUGAGGAUGCUGGAGGUACAUCAUCAGGAGAUGAGAGGCAGCUGUCGGUGGUACUACCAUCGGAGAAAAUAGUCAAGGCAUCCGUCAAGAAAGACACACCCAUCUUGGAACUUCUCAUCAUGAUUGCAUCCAAAAACAAACUGAACCCAACCAAUCACACCAUUGCCCAACCAGCUGCAAGACCUAAGGAUCCACCUGUACAGCUCAAACCCACUCAGAAGUUGUCAGAUGUUGUCGGCGACACUGUAUACAUCAUCCGCAGAAACCAGAAGCAGGUCUUUGUAUACAAGAAAGACGAAAAAAAGUCUGCAGUGUACGAGCCCACUACUCGCAUCACUGUCAUCUCGGGUAAGAACCACAAGAUGUGUCUACGUGUAGAUCCUGAAAAGACGCUACAAGAAUUGUUGCCUGUAAUAUGUGAUGAGCGGGGAGUGGAAACGAGUUGUCAUACUCUCCGACUCACAUCUCAACCUCAGGAAUCUCUGGAUAUGAGCCAAACUCUGGAGAAAACGGGAGCCAUUGAGUUUCUUCUGGUUGACUUAAAAGGCCAGCCUGCAGGUUACGAAGGAGGAGAGGUGGAAUUGAUGCCAGAGCAGAGAAAGAAGAAGGGAAGCAUCUUUGGAAAAUUCUCGAAGAAGAAGAAAGGAUAUGCAUUAGGUGGAGGUGAGUUUCAAGAAGACCCAGCAUCACAUGUUGCAGCCCCUGCAGAAACACAUCAACGUUCUCGUCGCCACACCUCUCCUUCCGCAUUCCCACCGUUGGAUGGCCAGGCCCAGUCUGCAACUCAAGAAGAUGAGGAAGGCAACAACACCUUAAAGAAACGUCGACCAGCCCCGCCCCCUCCACCAGGGAAACAUCUGACCAGUGCAUCAGAUGAUGAGAAACUUGAUGAAGAAUCUGGUGGUUCCAAUACUCUAAGAAAGAGGCGUGCCCCAGCCCCACCCAGACCACGUUCUCCUCCUAGAAGAACCGUAUCUGUUGGAGCGGAUUCAGCUCAUCAGAUUUCAGCAAAUCUACCUCCUCCUCGUCCAAUAUCUCCUCCAGUGAGAACCAGCAUCAAUGGAGAGACGCACCUUGUCAGAGAGACUAUCAAAGAAGACAAACCUUCCAGGCCACCCAAACCACCACGUCCCACCUCUAUUAUCAGAGGCACAAGCCUUGAGACUCCACCCCCUACCACUGAACCACCAGAGCCAGUCUUUGUACCUCCACCACCCCCAGACUUGCCCCCCUCCCCAAGUGACCCACAAGAAGAUGUGACUAAGUUAAUAGAGGAGGGGCGACUUAACCAGUCCUUUGAUGAAGACUUGAUGGAUCAGGAAGCUAGGGAAGAAUCACCUAGAGUACAUAGUGAAUCCAUUAGCAGUAGUGUGACAGAGACUGGCAUAGAUGAGGCAUUUGAAGAAGUCAUUGCUAUGGGAGAAGCAGAAAUCGUGGAUAAGAAGGGAGAGCCUUCUGCAGAAUCACCCCGUCAAGAUUCUAUGGGUGUGGAGGUCAUUGUAGCUGGAUUGACCUUGGAAACAAAGGCAGAGAGGCAUGAGGAGGGGGCGGAGCUUAGGGAACCGGAGGAGGAGGCAAAUCCAGAGGAAGAGACAAUAGAUGAGGUGUCAUCGGAGGACAUCAAAGAGAAAGACAAAGACGCUAAAGCCAAGAUGGAAUUGCUUUCUCACAUGAUGAAGAUGAGUCUAGAUGAAGACAGCAAGGAUACAAAUGAUUAUCCUCCUCACACCCAGGCUGAUGACACUCAUGAUAUGCUGGAGGAGAAAUCAGUCCAUGCUCUUGCUUUUGAAGUAACCAGGGAAGCAACGAUAGAUUAUGAGGAUGCAGACAAAUCUGUUGAAGCUCUAGGAGAGGAAACUGAAGAUGUGGCUGAGGUUGAAGAAAGUCAGAAGAAAGUUGAUGAUGAGAAGACAGAGUCUGCACAAAUGACAGUGGAAAAGAAAGAAAAAGUGGAUGAAAGUCCAACGAAAGUUGAAGAUGAAAAGCAAAGUCCAGUAAUAGCACCAGGAGGAGUAGCAAUGCAGAAGUUAAAUGAACAAUAUGCAACACUGCAAGAACAACUAACUGCCUUACAGAAACAGAUGGCUAUGCCUCAACAAGCAGGCAUCAUGGAAAUACAGAUGCAACAACUUCAGCAGCAGAUUCUGCUACAGCAGCAAAUUAUUAGUCAGAUGAUGAUGUCACCUCAGCCAAUGGUAAUGCCUCUUCCAUACCAACAGCCAGUGAUAUCGCCACAGCAACAGAUGAUGCUAACUCCACAACAGAUGAUGUCACCCCAACAACAGAUGAUGUCACAACAAAUGAUUUCUCCACAACAACAAAUGAUGACACAACAAAUGCUGUCACCUCAGCAACAGAUGAUGAUGUCCCCUCAGCAACUCCUGAUGACCCCUCCGAUGAUGUAUCCUCAGGUUUCACCUGUUUCUCAAAACAUCACACAACCAAAAAUGUAUGCACAACAAAUAACAUCUACUGCUACUGUUCAGGCUCAGUCUACUCCCAUCUCAUCAACACUUGAGCUGAAUGUUUCAACAGAGUCUGCUCAAGACGAUGCUUCGCCAAUUCAAGAUGAUGGCUCUCCAUCUAAGGAUGAUGUCUCUCCAUCUAAGGAUGAUGGCUCUCCAUCUGGGGAUGAUGGCUCUCCAUCUAAACAUGAUGAUGUUCCAACCGAAGAUGACCUACCCAUUGUGGAUAAUGUAGUAACCAGUGAAGUGGAUACCAGUGAAGUUCAAGCUGAGCCAAGACCUCUUUCACCUCCAGUGAAAGCAGAUGAAGUGUCUGUAGGUCAUCCAACCUACCAUUUUGCUCGAUCACGAGAUGUUCCUCAAGGUGAAAUCAAAGUUGUCAAAGCAUCCCCACCAAACACUCUGCGAGGUCCUAAACAGCACCAGAGACCAACUCUCUUACAAACACCUGAACCCUCUGAAAAGAAAGAAGAGACUGAACCUGAAACCAAGGACCACUCUAAUAUUGAUGCCAAGACAAAUAACGCUGCAGACGAAGUUCAUGCAGAAGUGGAUGCUAAUCAUAAUCCAACACCAGAAGGCAAUGGCAUUGAAGACAAAGUUGAUGCGUCCAAGACAGAAGACAAAGAUGAUGCAUCCAAGACAGAAGACAAAGUUCAUGCAUCCAAGACAGAAGACAAAGAUGAUGCAUCCAAGACAGAAGACAAAGAUGAUGCAUCCAAGUUAGAAGACAAAGUCCACGCAUCCAAGACAGAAGACAAAGUUCAUGCAUCCAAGACAGAAGACAAGAACGCUUCAGAAGAAACUUCCUCCAUCAGUGCAUUUGCAGUUGCUGAAUCCACUGAGCCAGUGUCUUCCAGUAAACCCAAAUCACCCAAACAAAAGAAAUCAGGCUUCAGUUUAUUUAAAAAGAAAACACCCAAGUAUUCAUACAUCUUGUCUGCGCAGAAGGAGUUCUCAAGAAAGUCUGAGACAGAACGCCAACGUACAACUUCCAAUCCUCCUAAACCGACUGACCUCAAAUCAGAAGGUGGUCAAGGAAACAGAGGUAGGGCUCAUACUCUUGAUUCAUAUGAUCCAAGUAAGGCAAGUUGUGGUGUGAACUUUGACCCAGGUCAAGCUGAGUGUCAAAGAGAAAUGGCUAAGAAUGUCCACAUUCCUCCCAAUCUAGCAAUGAGUACAUCUGAAAUAAAUCCCAGUAAUGACCAGCCUGUAAUACCUCCUCGCUCCUCCAAGUCCAAAACAACCGAUACCAAAGUUAUUGUGGCAAAAUCAUUCCCGCAGGAAAUGACAACUGGGUCUCCUAGUCCUUGUCCUUCAACCACGGUCACUAACACAGCACAUUUAUCUAAUAUUAGUCCCAUUAACACGAUACCAGUUUCCUCAUCUGAUGAAAUGUCUUCCAUGACAAAGCCUACACCUAGACAUCGCACAGUCUCAUCCCCAGUAGAAUCUAAGACUCGUGAACAAACUGUAAACAAAUCUCCCAAAUCUCAGCCAUCUCCUAGUCACCAAGUAAUUCCUGAACUUCCCUCCGAAAAAUGUUCUCCCCUCUCCUCACAAUCACUUGAGGUAGUCUCCCUUAAUUCACCUGGAGACAGUCCAAUACCCCCAGUAAGAAAGAUGCAUAGCAAACCUAAUGAUACCUGUAAGACACAAGUCAUAGGCAUUGAGGUACGACCAGAGAGGGCAGCUACAGAGGGCGCUCUUUAUGAAAGGCGAGCUCGGAUCCACAAUUACAGAUCGGAGGAAGAAGAACAAGCAAAGGUCAAAGGGGAUGCCAGUGUGUCACAGCUGAGACAGAUCUUUGGCCAAGGUAAUCCAUGACAUGUAGGAGGUUAUCACCAUGGCAACAGAUGCUUAUUAGUCACCAGGUCGUUUGCCGGGUAUUCCAUGACACACAGGAGGUCAUCACCAUGGAUACGGAUGUCGAUUAGUCACCAGGUAAUUUUUUUUGUAUAUGCAUUUGUGAGACAUGUUUUCUCUGGGAGUCUAUUUUGUAUAACAUUCAGUACUAAUGAAAAUGAUUAUUGGCUCAAUAUUUAAACAAUAACUGUUAAUGUUUCAGAGAAAAGAAAUGACAUUCAUUAUUUUGUAAAUAUGUCAUUAAAAAAGUGGGUGAGAAUGUUAUUGUACUUGAUUGUAAGAGAUGUACUUGAUUAUAAGAGAUGUAAUUUGAUAAUAUGGCAUUAUCCAUUUGAUUAUUUUAGUAGGUUAUGUGACUUUUUAUGUACAUCAACAUUUGAUAAGUGAAGCACCUAUGCAAGCUUGUCAUAAAUACCAUUGACCAACACAUUGGAAGUCCUGAAAUUAUUGUUUGUGUUGACCGCAUAUUUUGAAAGUACAAUGUGACUUCCAUGUAACUGAAUUCCAUUGCCAAAUCUAAUUGCAAAUUAACCUUGCAUGACAACUAGUCAUUACUUUGAAAUUAGUUGUUCACUUAACUGUAUCGACCAAUUUUUGUUUUGCUUUUGGAAAUGAAGUUACUUGAAGAAACAAAAUGUUGUACCCACGCUUUACUGUUUAUAUUUUUUAUUAAAUAAAUAAAGAAAUGUAUUGUUUUUUUGCUGAUAUCUACAAGUAGAUAUUUUAAGUGUACAAGUUCUGUUAUACAUGUAGUUAUACUGUAAGUAGGUUUUGCAAAUAGGCAAAUUUCCAAUUUAUUAACAUAGUAUGUAUUCAUCCUUCUGUGGUCAAAUGUAUUCACAAAUAUACUAUAUCUUUACUGCCCUCAAUCAGCUAGAGCUGUGCCAAAUAUACCAAAUAUUUGAUUAUCAAACAAUUAUCCAAAUAACAUUUUCUUAAUUCAGAUAUUCAAAACAUGUGAGAGGUUGAGGAGAUGAUGCAAAGUCCAUAAUGCUCUUAUGAUUGCAUGAGUUGCGUAGUUUGAUUUUUGUUUUCAAUGAAGCACUUUUGUCCAAAUCCACUUUUGCAUAUGAUUUGGGAGCUCUAAGGAGAAGUCUAGCUCUAAUUUCUUUACAACUGAUAAAAUAUCAGCUGUUCUGCUUCUGCUUCUUGGUCAUGUUUGUAUUACAUGUACUUUAAGAGAUCUUUAUUAAUUUGACAACUGCAAGAGCAAGCAAAUUCCAAAUUAGAAUAUUAAAAUGCUAAAUUAUUCCUAAAUGCACAGCCCUAAAAUCUGCCCAAGGUAGGUAUGUACUGUGUAUAACUAAAAGUGUUAUCUAUAUGAUUUGAGUACUUAAAUCGUGAGAUGUUAAAUGGAAAAAAAAAAAUUUUUUGUAUAUUUUAUUCAAUAUUCAUGCAAUUUUGAUAUUGAAAAUAUUUUAAUUGACUGUUUUUGAGUGGGCACCUGUAUUAAGUAACACAUAGUAACAGACACAAAUUUCAUGACGUCACUGUGACUGGGUCUUAGUUGUUACAUCCAAUUGAAUGUCAGCGUAGUGAAUAGUAACACACAUGUAUGCAUUAAGAGCGCAGACGUGGGCUAAGCCUAAAUGCAACUCCAAAUGCGAUGCCAGAAAAUUUGGUCCAUAGACAUGACUGCCAAACCGAGAGAGAUGUUUGGGAGGGGGAUGGGCACUGUUGAAUAUAGCAAACAUUUCCACACUUAUAUGUAAUACAUGUUUGUUUGCAAGGUUGUACUCGCUUUGUAAUCACAAAACGUUCGGAUUCUAACAGCUUGUUUGUAUAUUUUUGUUGACUUCGGUGAAAGUUAUUGUGAAUACUGUUAUAUUUAAAGAGACUGAUGUACAAAAGUAUUACCAUAUUUACAUUCAUUAAUAUGUAGUUUAAAGGAAUAUAUUAUUUAAUUAUGAUUUUUUGAGUAAGCAGUAUUGUAGGAAGUAGUCAUAAUAUUGAAAUCAAUAGGGGCCUAUAACAUUAUAUACUGACAAUCGUACUUAAAGAUAAUUCCCUCUGCUAUUUUGAGUUUCAUCCUGUAAAAUGAUUUCUUUUCUAAACAGCGGUUUUUCUACGACAUCAGCAAAAAGGUCGGAUCACACUUAGUUAUUGAAUUAUUAGUUAAAAUAUUUCAAACUUUGUAUCCUGACAAUAAUUAUGUGUUCACCCGGAUCACCCCAAAUCAGUAACAAUGAUAUAUGGACCAGGAGUCUGCACGGCAGAUUUUUUUGUGCAAAUAUACAAACCUUUUUCAGAGGAUGUCUAACACCCAAAAAUGGGGGAUUUUCCUUGGUGAAUAUAACAUUACAAGUUGAAUAUUUAUUAGAGAAAAAAAUUACUGAAAAGUAAUGGAAACGCACCGUUAAACCUCAUCAUAAAGUGUCAUUAUUAUAUUGAUACUUUUUAUAUUUU